CCAGUCUACACCUAGAUUCUGAAUACACCAGCCUUGGACUGGACUGAUGGGGCUCAGGCUCGCCCAGGACUUUCGGAAGAAGCGAAAGCUUAGAAGACCACAGUGGGCACAGGAAUUGCAGCUGCUGAAUGCUUCUCCCUGUGGCUGCGGACCUGGAGCCUUUAUAAAGUGAGCGAGCACACCGUCCUGUCCAGUCUCAGCUGGGAAGCCAGCCAGCCAUGAGGGUCUACUACCUUCUCUUUGAGUUCCUCUUCUUGUUCUUGCUGCCUGUUCCAGGCAAUAGUGGAAUCAUAAGCGGGUUUCAAAAGUAUUAUUGCAAAAGAAGAAGCGGCCGGUGUGCUCUGACUGGCUACCUUCCAAAGGAGGAACAGAUAGGCCGCUGUGCCCUGAGUGGCCAAAAAUGCUGCCAGAAAAAGAAAUGA